AACCUUACAAACUAGAGAAAAUGGCAAGUAAAGGGAUUUUAAGGAAUUUAAAUAAUUAUAACAGGUUUUGUCUAUUUUCAAACAUAAACAGACCUUUAUCAUCAGGCAAGAUAAUUUAUAAUAAAUCAGCAUCUUCUGGUAAUUCUAUUCCAAAUGUACCUGGCCUUUCAGACAAUUGUGUAAAAAUACCCAAUUCACCUGUAGGUCCUGGAGCUGCAAAAAAUACUGGGUAUAAGAAUCCAGAAUACUUUUGUUAUGACAAAAACAGUUACUUUGAAGCUGAGGUAGAAAUGUUAGAACAUCGCUGUCCCCAACCAUCUGUACAUGUACCAUACUAUCCUAGCUCUAAAUAGAUUAUAUAUAAUUAAAAUUUAUGUUUUAGAAUGGUAAAUAAACAAUUUUAUUAUUU